AUGAGGGGCAUGGCCGAGACCGUCGUCCUGGCGAUGGCGAUCGCCGCCCGUCUUCUACAGCCCAGUGCCGCGGGCAGCUGCAGGUCCGCAAAACUCUGCUGCCAAGGCCGGGACUCAGGCUGCGUAAUCCAGAAGCCAUCGCCCAACGCCAUCAUCGAGAGUCCACGUGACAAGCCCUGCUAUUGCGAUCACGCCUGCCUCAAGCUUGGCGACUGCUGCGACGACUUCAACGAGACUUGCACAGCUUCGGACUGCACAGUUAGCGAUUGGAGCGAGUGGUCCGAAUGCAACAACAAGUGCGGUUUGGGCCAUCAGACGAGGAAUCGUUUUAUCGUGCGUCCGAAUCGUAAUGGCGGCAAGGCCUGUCCGGAAACCGAGCAGUCGAUGACCUGUCAAAAUUAUGAUUCCUGUCGCCGACGUGCUCGUCAUUUCCAAGUCGAAGAAAUUAAUCUUUCCCCAAGUCAAAGAAGUGAAACAACUUUGGAUUCAAACUUCUUUCCACAAGUUUUCAGAGGAUACUGCACAGCCUUUACAAUAUUAAAAAUCUCAAAAGGCUGUCGAAGAAGAUUGGAAUCCUUCUAUGAAGGCUCGCGGGUUUGCGCCUGGUGCAAGGAGAACGGCGAGCAGUCGCCGGUUCCCUCCUGCCAGAGCCCAGGACCGAGCUUCGCCGGCAUAGGAAGGUGGGAGCUGCUAAACUCCUCCGACCUGAAGCACUGCCAUGGGAAGUGGAUGGCCGAACCAUACGAGAGGACAAGGGAAAACUGCAGCGCCUCCCUCUGCCAGGACAGGCCGAUCCUCGUCUUCGUCUGA